GUUGAUUUUCUCGUUUAUAUUGAUGUCAUAUGUUACCAUAAUAUAUAAAUGUCACUUCCCUCUAAGACAAGACAUUCAUGCAUUUAACUGUAUACUCAAUUGUGUUAAUUCUACUUUAUUAAAAUACCAGCAAAGAUAUGUCUUUAGAUAAUAAUCUCGAAGCUGUGGAGGAUAUGAAAACCGGAGAAGUGAAUAAAAGAAAUGAAACGUAUAAAGAAUCCGAAGAAAAUGAUUCAGACAGCAAGGCUUCUGGCAACGUUGACGUAACCAACGGAGAAAGGUCAUCAAUGAAACAACAAAUUCCGUUGCUUACGAUGAAAAGCAAAAUAAUUGACGCAAUAUCAUUCAAACACUUAGACUCAUACACUCCCAGAAUGUGUAUUGACAUGAUGAAAAAUCCAAGCCUGAAGUUCUUGGCAGCGCUUAACAAGAAGUUAAAGCAGAAUGAGAGGGGCUGGAACGUGGAGUUCCUCGAGCAGGGCGGCGGGGAGGCGCUGAUGGAUCUGGUGGACACCCUGGGGGUGAGGCGGGUGGUACAGCUGUCGGACGCCAUGCUGCUGCUGGAGUGCGUCCAUUGCGUCAAGACGUUGAUGAACUCCAAGAUGACGCUUGGAUACCUCGUGGAGAACGCGCGAACGCUCAGUCGCCUUGUCAGCGCACUGGACACAAACAACUUGAUGGUAAAGAAGCAGGUUUUCGAGUUACUCUCGGCGCUCUGUGUCUACUCUGCUGACGGCUUCCGGCUCACCAUGUCUGCCCUGGACAGCUUCAAGCUGGCCAAGAAGCACCGGUACAAGUUCAGCGUGAUCGUACACGAGCUGCGAACGGCGGAGAUCGUGCCCUACAAGACGACGCUGAUCGCCUUCAUCAACUGCAUACUAUUCGCCACGGAUGAGCUCGAGGAGCGCGUCAGGCUCAGAAAACAGUUCAUAGGUCUCAACCUGCUGGACAUCCUAGACGAGCUGCGAAGCGUGGAGGACGAUGACCUGGGGAACCAGUGUAACGUGUUCGACGAAAAGAAACAGGACGACGAUGACGCCUUAAACGCGCUCAAUCCCGUCGGCAUCGACAUCACUGACCACAAUGCCGUCUUCAAUUUGCUCUAUCAAAGGGUGUACAACACGCCCCACUCGGACGAUCUGCUCAAUAUCCUGCAGACACUGCUGCGUAUAGACACGGACAUCACAGAUGGGGAUGUGCGAUGGGAUUGUGCGGAGUCGGCGAUACGCCAGGCGAUAAACAUGCCUCUACCCCGGGGCCCAACCUCCCUAACCCUCAGUACGGGAAGCAGUGGUAUUAAACAGCUAGAAUGGAAUCACCGCGGCUACUUUAAAAAUCGGAGUAAAGAAAUCAGUUGUCAGACUGAGCAGUCGACAGUUAUUAACUCUUCUGUGGUAAGUGCAGACACAAAGGCGUCAUCUGCAAACGCAAUUGAUGAAGAAGAUGCGAUGAACCUUCCAAGCAUUCAAUUUCAAGGAGCUAUCGGAGCUGGCCCUGUUUCUACCCCUCCCCCUCCUCCUUCCACUUCUUCCAUGAGUGGCGGGGCAGCCCCUCCGCCACCUCCACCACCACCGCCGCCACCACCCCCAGGAAAUAAAGCUCCCUCACAAUCCCAACCGUCCACUCACGAAUCCGUACCUAGGAUUAGAAUGCCGAAACCGAAGAAAAGAAUGAAGACUUUCAACUGGUCGAAGAUAACAUCAAACUCAGUAACAGGUGAAGAGAACGUUUGGAAGACGGUGUGCUCCAUGGACGACAAGAUCCCCGUCAACUACGAUACCAUCGAACAGCUGUUCGACGACGAGAGGGCGUGGAUGGACAGUCCGGCCAAACAGAACAUACCCACGAAGGUUCUGUUGCUAGACAACAAGAAGAGCAUGUUGGUGAACAUCUUCCUGAAGCAGUUCAAGGAGCAAAACCCGGAAAUCGUCGCUAUGAUACGCGAGGGCAACAUCGCCCACGAGAGGCUUCGGGGACUCCAAAAGAUCAUGCCAGAUGUAGAGACCAUGAGACCCAUAUUAGAGUACACCGGUGAAAAGGAUCAACUAGGAUAUGCUGAACAGUUCUAUCUAGAGUUGCACGCCCUAGAUGGGUACCGUAUAAGAAUAGACGCCAUGGUGCUACGCCUCGACUUCGAAGUCUUUCUCGAUCAAAUGAAACCGCUCAUUGCAAUGUUCAUGAAAACAUGCGAAUCACUUAUGAAAAAUGAUUCCCUAAAAGUUUUCCUCCGCUAUGUUCUACACACUGGAAACUUCAUCAAUACUGGCAAAUACUGCGGCAACGCCGUAGGUUUCCGGAUGAGCUCCCUUGUGCAGCUGAUGGAUUUUCGCGCAAACAAGCCCCGCGUCACGCUGCUGCACUACCUCGUGAACGAAGCAGAGAAGAAAAACAGCGACGCCACAGCUUUUGUGGAUGAGUUGUAUCCAGAUCUGAACUUCCUUAGCAGGUUUAAACUCAACGACUUGACGGAGGAGAUAUCCGCGAUGAAUGAUUCUGUGACGAAAAUAGAAGAGAAGCUGGCGUCGUCAACAGAUGACGUCAAACGACAGUUUCAGGAUUUCAUACAGAAGGUCAGUGUUGAGCUAGACAAGGUCAAGGAUGGCAAGGCCGGGAUAGUAGAGUUCUCCAAGAAACUGGCAGCCCAGUUCUGCGAGGACGAGGCUUCCUUUAAACUUGAAGAGUUCCUCCGCAUGAUUACCUCGUUCUGCUCUAUGGUCAAGCAAUGUCAAAAGGAAAACGAACAGCGCCGAGUACAUGACGAGAAAGCGGAGCGGCUCCGGAAGUCCCAGACAGACGAGACGAAGCGAAAAGAGCCCCGGAAGGUCCCGUCUCAGGAGGAGGACGGCUGCAUCAUCGACAAUCUGCUCGCGGAGAUAAGGAAAGGCUACACUCUCCGAAAGUCACCAAAGAAAAAGAUCGAGUUCAGGUGUUAAAGUUGGUCGGGGAUUUUCGCACAUUUAUUGACUUUAAAUGAGCUUACAAAGUGUUGCAAUCGCCCAUCAGAAAUUCGAAUGUUUGUGUCUUUUCAUAAAAUAACAUAUAACUGAAAUACAAUUUAAUAAUAUAUAUAUAAUAUUUUAUACGUCACCAUAAUUACCAUCAUUAAUGUAACAAUACAAAUAUAUCUACUCAGUAAUCCAAAUAUGUAUUCGUUCCCAAUUUUGCUUUUAAAGAAGCAUUUCGGUAAAACUUUAAAAUCUAGUGUGAAUGUUUUGUUUCUUAGUCAGUUAAGAACAGAAAUGUGUAACCGUAUAGAAGAAUCUUGCACAUAAAAAAUACAGUGCUUAUUCGAUCUUGUUUUGGGAAGGCGGUUAUUUAAGAAAAAAAGGUGUGCCUAUAUGUUAUUGAGUGUUUUAUGUGUACAGAUCAUCAUCUAUGCCAGAAGUUUGUUUAGAAAGCUUCUAUGUUUAAACCCGCAUGGACUCUACUUAUGUGCAUUGUGUUUUAUUUACCCUUUUUAAUUUGUGAUAAUCAUUUAACUAUAUUUGAUUAUUAAAUUUCUUAUCAAACAA